UGAUCAGCUUUUACUCAUGUCUUCAAUUUUAUAUACGCAGGGUAUCUUUAAUCAAAUAAAGAUGUUUCUCUAGGCAAACCCUUUCUCUUUCUGCUGUUGUAUUUCCAACUAGGAGCUUUUCACUGACAGUCAGCUCUGUGCUUCUGAAAUGGGAGUCAUUUUACUGUUGCAUAGCUACUAUAACACAUAGAGCUCCCUGCUCUCUCAUUCUCUCUUUGUUUUAGCACAACCAGAUAACAUUAACUUGUCAUCACAUAUAUUUUGAUUGUCUAGAUCGUGUUUGAAAUGUCCAUCUUGACAUCGGUCUUAGAAUUAACAUAAGAACGGAUGGGGACGCGUAAGUUAUCGUGUAUAUAUCUUUUUUAACGGUGCUGUGAUUGACGACCAGCUGGUUUCGGGGGGAGUGAUCAGAAGUCAUCAUAUAACACCCCAUCUUGCCAAAUGGAUGAUGAUCUAAAACCUCUGGAUUUCAUAAAGGACUUUCAAGAGUACCUGACACAGCAAACACACCAUGUCAACAUGAUCUCGGGCUCUGUCGGUGGGGAGAUAGAGCCCGACCACCUCCAAGCUGUAGCAGCUCUCCCAGACAGCGAUCAUCACAAUGGGUCGGUGGAAGUCUCUCUGGACGACAGCUCUGGGCUGCUGGUGGACGGCUUUCAGAGGACUUUCGACGGCAAGCUCAAGUGUAGCUACUGCAGCUACGCCAGUAAAGGCACCGCUCGCUUGAUAGAGCACAUCAGAAUUCACACAGGAGAGAAGCCUCACCGCUGCCAGCUGUGCCCCUUCGCCUCUGCCUACGAGCGCCACCUUGAGGCCCACAUGCGCUCCCACACGGGAGAGAAGCCCUACAAGUGUGACCUCUGCUCCUUCCGUUGCAGCGACCGCAGCAACCUGUCCCACCACCGCCGGCGCCGCCACAAGCUUUUACCCAUGAAGGGGGCGGGGCUGCCCGCCUUCCUGUCCAACAAGAAGAUGCUGAACGUCCUACAGAAGAAGAGUGGCAGCUCCCUGGGCCUGGGAGGCUACAGCAGACACCUCCUCAUCAACUUCAGCCCUCCCUCCAUGGUGGUGGGGAAACCAGACUACCUGAACCACGAGGUGUACGAGAGCGAUGUGAAGGACCAUGGGACUGGAGGAGGGGGAGGAGCCAGCAGGGAUGUCAACAGUGACAUGAUGGUGGACAAUAAUCCACUGAACCAGCUGUCUACGCUGGCAGGCCAGUUGUCCAACCUCCCCCCAGUGGACCAGACCCCCGUGUCUCCUGACAGACUGUCCUGUAACGACGUCAAGCCGUUCCUCAUCCAGCAGGCCUCUGGUGCACCGAUUGCAGUGUCAGUAUCUUUGUCCACCAGUCAAAGUGGUGCCCACCACCACCACUACCACCACCACCACCACCAAACCUCCUCCCCAACCAGCCCCGAGGACCUCCAACCCCCUGCAGGCCAUAGCAGGAACUACAGCCCCAGCCCUGUGGACCCAGAACCCAGCAGUGAGCACAGUGCACACACACGCACCAGCUCAGCUAGCAUUAGUAACAGCCAGCCCAGUACCCCUGCCCUGCUCGGUAGCACACAGCACCCAGACCCACAGAUGCUGCACAGCUGCCAGCACUGCGACACCUACUUCUCAGACAACAUCAUGUAUACCAUUCACAUGGGUUGCCACGGCUACGAGAACCCCUUCCAGUGUAAUGUCUGCGGCUGUAAGUGCAGGAACAAGUAUGACUUCGCCUGCCACUUCGCUCGCGGGCAGCACACGCAGUGACUGACUUCCACAGUAACCAGAGAGAUGAAUUCGAACGAUGUUUGGUCGUCUCACAGAGAACAUGCACUUAUUCCCGUGUUUAUGAUAAUCAGGGAUCAGAGCGAUUCUGAUCUCGAUUUUAUUGUGUAGUUUUUUAUUUGAUUAUAUAACUUAAGAGAGUGAGUGUUACUUUGAAAUGAGGAAUUGAUGUUUCUAUAAAUGGGAACGCAAUCUGGAGGUUGGAGACAUUUAUCACGUGUCCUCCUCGGUGCCGUCUGAGAAUUUAAAGAAAGCAAUCUGGAGGUUGGAGACAUUUAUCACGUGUCCUCCUCGGUGCCGUCUGAGAAUUUAAAGAAAGCAAUCUGGAGGUUGGAGACAUUUAUCACGUGUCCUCCUCGGUGCCGUCUGAGAAUUUAAAGAAAGCAAUCUGGAGGUUGGAGACAUUUAUCACGUGUCCUCCUCGGUGCCGUCUGAGAAUUUAAAGAAAGCAAUCUGGAGGUUGGAGACAUUUAUCACGCGUCCUCCUCGGUGCCGUCUGAGAAUUUAAAGAAAGCAAUCUGGAGGUUGGAGACAUUUAUCACGUGUCCUCCUCGGUGCCGUCUGAGAAUUUAAAGAAAGCAAUCUGGAGGUUGGAGACAUUUAUCACGUGUCCUCCUCGGUGCCGUCUGAGAAUUUAAAGAAAGCAAUCUGGAGGUUGGAGACAUUUAUCACGUGUCCUCCUCGGUGCCGUCUGAGAAUUUAAAGAAAGUCACUUCUUAUUUUUUUAAAGUAACCUUUUAUUUAACGAGGCAAGUUGGUUAAGAACAAAUUCUUAUUUACAAUGACAGCCUACCCCGGGGCCAAACCUUGACGACGCUGGGCCAAAUGUGUACUGCCCUAUGGGACUCCCAAUCACGGCCGGAUGUUAUACAGCCUGGAUUUGAACCAGGGACUGUUGUGACAUCUCUUAGCACCUUGAUGCAGUGCCUUAGACCGCUGCGCCACACGAGAGCCCAACUCUGAAUUAGUUACAUAAAUAUUGGUGAUGUUACAUGCGAGUGACUAAACUUAUAGUUUAAAUAGCGAUUAGCAAGGUAUCUGGUUGCUGUGACUAGAGUUUAAACAGUUUUGGCCUUAUCUUUUAUUUUUAAAAAAUGUUUAUUUCACCUUUAUUUAACCAGGUAGGCAAGUUGAGAACAAGUUCUCAUUUACAACUGUGACCUGUCCAAG